AUGCAGUCCUUCGCAGUGUUCUUAGCCGCUGUCCUCGCGACGCUCCCGGCUUCGGCGAUGCCCCUCGAGCCCACUGGCAUUUCCAACCGGGAUUUGGGCGUUCACGAGAAAAAGGACAUCGGCCCGGACGCCGACGCCGGCCAGAUCUACAUCUACGACUGA